UCCACACUACACAAAAUUUAUUCGCUCAAGUUCUCUACAAUUACAAGCUAAACACGCUAAAUCAGUACAGCGGUUUUUUUCCUGUCACAUAAAACAAGAAGAAAAUUCGCAGAGGAAUGACGAAGGGAACACGGAACUCAAAAGGCGAUCGAUUCCCGUUUAUCGUUUAUUAAUUCUGAAAUAAGAAGUGAUUGAAUUGUGUUUUCGGUUCUAUUUCUUUAAUUUAUGUUCUUCCUCUACCCAAUUUCAGGCUAAAGGUAUGAACCUUUUUUUUUUUUUUUCUCGNUUAUUCUUUCUUCAAUUUUAUCAAUUUUUUGUGGUUUGGAUGGCAACUAUGUGAUUAGAUAUCACCAUUUUUAGCUCUGAGGAGCUUAUUUUUAACGAUACGGUACUGUAAUUUGCUUCAAUUAUUAUUGUUCAGUGUUUUACUUUUGUGGAAAUUGCAGAGGUUCGCGAUUUGUGUAGACCCUUGUGAAAGUCAGCUCAUCUGGGGCGAUUUUAGUUCAUAUGAUAAAUUGAUUUUAAUUGGCUUCAUGGCUGCUGUGGACAAUUUUGCAUAAAUGGGAAAAUCUAUUCACUGGAGGAGUAACAAAAUAUAUAAAAUAUUUUCUGGGGAUUGAUCUCACAUCUGCACAAUGGUGAAUCUCAAAGCUCCCCGCCGACCUAAUAUUACUUAUAGGCCCAUACGCCCAUCGGACUACAUAGUUCUUGAGAAAAUUCAUGGAGAUUUGUUCCCCAUAAGGUAUGAAUCUGAUUUUUUCCACAAUGUUGUUAACGGUCGUGAUAUUAUCUCGUGGGGAGCUGUUGAUCAGAGUCGACCGAAUGAUCAAAGUGACGAACUAAUUGGAUUUGUUACUGCAAGAAUUGUUCCAGCAAGAGAAACCAGUUCACUAAUCCAAGAGGUUAUAAAAUACUCGUCAAGCAUUUCGACAUGCCGUGCUGUUUAUCUACAUGUGAUAUCUUACAAUAAUCCAGCCAUACAUUUGUACAAGAAAAUGUCAUUUGAGUGCUUACGAAGGCUCUACAAUUUUUACAUCAUCAACGGACAACAUUACGAUUCGUACCUCUUUGUCUACUAUGUGAAUGGCGGCCGAUCUCCGUGUUCACUUUUAGAACUUGUCACGCUAUUGGUUACUUAUGCUAAGGGUGGGAUUAAAUCAAUGGCUGCAAAGCUAUGGAAAAACGAUGAGAAAAGGAUUUCAAGGUGGACCAAAUGUAAGGAAUCCGGUUAUCUUCUUCCUACAGUCCAAAACAAAAGAACUGUCACAGUCGAAAGCUCCCGGUGCCAGUUUAUAUAAUAAAUCCAUUAAUGCAAACAGUUUUAAAUGCUUAAUAACCAAACAAUAUGGAGAGUGAGUCUCGUUUUCUCAGCUGACCGGCCUCUUUGUUGUCUUGUUUAUGUAGUAACUCAGGGAAUAUUGUGAUAUGUCGUAAGCAGUUUGAAGCAUGUAGUAUAUAGAAUGCAUAUGGUUCUGUUGUGUGUACUCGGGUUUUUAUCUAUCGCGUCGUGUUUGGCAUUGAAUUUGGAGGCUUUUAUCAAUAAGAUACAGUUUGAACAAUGUAGUAUAUAGAAUGUGUAUGUGUUGACAAGAUGAAUGUUCAGUGGGAAUUCACACUUUUGCAACUUUAGAUAUUUGGAUUAUCCUAAGCUAAGGCAGCAUUAUGAUAUCAAAUUCAAUCUUUGAACCUAGCAAAAAGGUGUAAAGAGAGUGAAAAAGUGAUGUCAUGGGAUUAUAAUUGUAAUUUAAUCCCUACAAUGUACUUUAGCCUUCAACUUUAAUCCAUGCAUAAUUGAAUAUUUCC